GAUACAUGCGUCUGGUCUGAUCACAUGUGCGUUCUAUGUAUUUGCGAUUUAUUAGUAUUACCUAAAUUAUAAGUUAAUUGUGUAACAGUGACUGGAUUAUUAUACAAGUGAUACCCAACCAGUACCUAACUAAUAACGGUUAUGUGCACGUAAUUGUAUUAGGUGCUUAGCUACUUCGUUACUGAGUGCUUAAGUCGUUUACUUAUCUAAUCGUGAUUGGAACGGAUUUUACGAUUUCAGCUCGAAGCGAUGUUGCCGCAUCAAAGAGACUUCACCUGAGGGUCGAACCAGUCUAAACUAUGGCGGAAUGUCGAAGUAGCGGCGGCGACGGAUGUUCUGGCCCUGAUGGAAGCCGCUGCUGCGAAAGCGCGCGAGGAGAGGAUCAGGAGAGUCCGAACCUUGAAGAUGAGCGGCUUCCCGGAGACGGCGCUAGCUGUACUGUUCCCGAGGACCAGCUUCGGAUAAGUGACGAUGAUGGCUCCACCAACAGCGCCCGGAACAGCAUCGACCCCUUCACGGCGGAACACGAACCAGCUAUCACGGAAAGUAUGCUCAGAACUGGUCGAUACUACAAAGGAAUAUAUUGGCCAUCACUCACUAAUAGUUUUAAGGAUGAAAGCGUAGAAUUAUCAUAUCAAAGGUAUUCUCGAAGACAAAGACAAAAAUCUCUCAUAAUGGUCAACGUGGUUGACUUAGCACUCAAGAUAUGUUUAUCAUUAAUUUAUACCUUAUCAAAUAGAAGUAACCUCGAGGCAGUGACAGCUGACGGCUACAAAAUCACCUGGACGGCCGCGUUCGGGCUCAUCAACAUCGCGCUGUGCCUGCUGGGAGGCUGGAGGUGUUUCGCGAACAACUACCUGCACUGGGCGGCCGCGGCCACGUGGAUACUGCUCAUAGCGCAAGGUCUCAGCGGCCAAGGCAUAGGCUUCCAGGAGCCCGAGAACCAGGUCUGGUACAUGCUGUUCAUCAUCUUCGUGCCGUACGCGAUGCUGCCUCUCUCCCUGGGCUGGUGCAUCGUCAUAGGCAUCCUGUCGACCUUCUCCCACGUGCUGGCCACUGCUGUUAAUAUCAAGGAGUUGAUGAAGAAAAACCCUAAUGCAGUAAGCACACAAUACACGAUUCGUGCAGCAGCGUCCUGUGGUACUCGAAUCUUAGUAGCCAAUUCUCUACUAUACCUAGCAGUUAAUUUCGCUGGAAUGUACGCCAAGUACCUCGCCGACUGGGGGCAAAGGAAGGCGUUUCUAGAAACCCAUAGAUCCAUGGUGACGCGGCAGAGGACCAAGCGAGAGAGCGAUCGACAGUGGAAACUAUUUCAGAGUGUGAUACCGGAUUUUUUAGCGACAGAGAUUUCAAAUCACGUGUCGAAAGUGAAGGGAGAAUUUCAAGAGCAGCAAUUUAAUAACCUAUACAUUCAGAGGCACGAAAAUGUCUCUAUUCUAUUCGCUGACAUUAAAGGAUUUACUGAAUUAUCGAGCAAAUGUAGUGCCCAAGAUUUAGUGAAGCUGUUGAAUGAACUUUUUGCUCGCUUUGAUAGAUUAGCUUCGGAAAACCACUGUUUACGAAUCAAACUACUGGGCGAUUGCUACUUCUGUGUAAGCGGGUUGCCAGAGCGACGCAGCGACCACGCGUUCUGUUGCGUCAACAUGGGCCUGCAGAUGAUACGGGUCAUUCGAGACGUGCGGUACAACAAACAGGUGCGUCGCAGCGAGUCCGAGGCAAUGGUGGAUUUAGACAUGCGAAUAGGAAUCCACAGCGGCACAGUGCUGUGUGGAGUGCUCGGCCUGCUCAAGUGGCAGUUCGAUCUUUGGUCGCAUGACGUCACACUGGCCAACCAUAUGGAAAGCGGAGGCUUACCUGGGCGCGUACACAUAUCGGCAGCUACGCUGGAAUGUCUGAACGCAGCUUUCGAGGUAGAACCAGGAGAGGGAGAAAAACGCAACCCUUACCUUCGCGAGCUUAACAUCACCACCUACCUGAUCAAGGCCACGGAGCAUCCCAGGAGGACGAGGAACAAAUCCAUCAGCACUAUACAACCACAGUUGCAGCAGCAUGAGAACGGUCCUCGCGACAGCAACGGCAGUAUUGAGGAGGAGAACACCACUGACUUCAUACCGGAGAUGCCCUUCCAAAGCUACUUCCAAAACAGUGCUACAGUGUUUCGCAACAGACGUGCAAACAAACACGACGAUGUCGAACACGGGCAGGACUUGGAGAUUACUUCUAUAUCUGAGGAGGACGACAUAAUCAACCACUCGAUAGAAGUGAGCAGCAACCGUCGCAUGAGAGUGGAACACAUGAAGCCGUGGUCGCUGCACUUCCGAGAGCCUUCCCUCGACGAGAGCUUCAAACAACUCGAUGAGAAGACCUUCAAGUCCAAUGUGAUGUGCUGCUUCGUGAUCUGGCUGUUCAUUGUCGCUAUACAAUGUGUCAUACAUUACAAUUGCUGGUUGUUGGUGGUGAUACUGAUGAUUAUGACCGUUCCACUGGCACUAUCGUUUCUACUGGCAAUGGCGGAAGAGUUUGAAGCUUGCCAAGGAUUGCCAAGGCUGUCCACGCUGUCGAAAGCUAUCAGCAGAGAUAGGCUCAGACGAAAUGUGCACAUUUGCUGCUUUGUUACCAUUAUGUCCAUAUCUAGCACAAUAAAACUCUACAUAUGCCAAGCAUCAUUCCCAACCGAACAGUCCAUCACAAUCCAAACAACUAACAUUACUCGUACAGAGACCACCACGGAGACUCCCAAUGUCGAAAAAAGUCUAGAAGAGUGCUUUACACCUGAAUAUGUGGUCUUCACGUGGAUAUUAUGUUUGGUCGCUUUAACAUCGAUCCUAAAGCUAUUCUAUUUGAUAAAGACAGUACUGGCUAUCGUUAAUGUUGGAUUGUAUGCUGUUCUGUUGCUGAUUUAUUAUAAUGUGGAUUAUUACAGCUCUAGUACUAGUGAUUCCGCACUCCGCUUCUACAUCCAAAUGUUGAUCCUAAUGACGAUGUUCCUCGUAAUAGUGGUAUACCACGCGAGGCUAGUGGAAGUCACCUCUCGUCUGGACUUCCUGUGGAAACUGCAGGCCGAGACUGACUUGAGGGAGAUGAAGGAAACGCAGAGGACAAACAGGCAUCUGCUGAAACAUAUUUUGCCUGAUCAUGUUGUUAACCAUUUUCUUAGCAAGGAUAGGUGUCCUGAUGAGCUGUACUCCCAAUGGAGAGACGAAGUAGGCGUGAUGUUCGCGGGCAUACCCAACUUUCACGAGUUCUACUCCGAGCAGAAGGCCAUAGACUGCAUGCGGCUGCUUAACGAGAUCAUUUUUGACUUCGAUAGAUUAUUGAUGCAGCCGAAAUUCAAAUGCAUAGAGAAGAUAAAAACCAUCGGAGCCACUUAUAUGGCGGCUUCCGGCCUAAACCCUAACCAUAAGAUCGGAGACGAUGACUGCAAGCACCUGUGCGCGCUGGUCGACUACGCGUUCGCACUUCGAGAGGCUCUGGAAGACAUCAACAAACAUAGUUUCAAUAAAUUUCGAUUAAGAGUAGGUAUAAGUUGCGGCCCGCUGGUGGGCGGAGUGAUCGGUGCGCGGAAGCCCGUGUACGACAUCUGGGGAAACACGGUCAACGAGGCCUCGCGCAUGGAGUCCACGGGCGCCAUGGACCGCAUACAGGUCACCAAGUACACUAAACAGGUGCUGGAGCGGCGCGGCUACGGGCUGGAGGCGCGCGGCGCGGUGGAGGUGAAGGGCAAGGGACGCAUGGAGACGUGGUGGGUCACAAGGCGGAAACAUGAUCGAGAUCGCUACCGAAGCCGCACUGUAGAAGCGCGCCUGCCCGAAGAAGAAACACUCAAGACGAUCGUGAGGCCGAAGGAGCCUCCGACUGGGCCGCCUGUACCGCCGCGAUCUCUAGCGGCCGUGGUCUACACCAUGCUGCAAGCGAGGAGACGCAUCUACACGCACCCGCUGGACGCACAACAAAAUGGGACGGGCGGUAGCGUGCGCGGCGCUCGGCCGGGUCGCGGGGGGCUGCAGGCGGGCGCCAGGCGAAACGCCGAUCUGCGGCGUACAUACACUACCCAUCCUAGGAGCAACGGCGACAUAGAGUUAGGAAAGCGGCCGUACUCUAGCAGUAUGGUAGCUCGCCGUCCCGAAAUGGCGCCCUCCUUCCUGGGAAGCAUGUCAGCUCCACACACGCCCACCGCAUCGCACAUCUCCCCUGACGCUCUAUUCACAGGGCCAAAGCUAGGUCUCAGCGCCAGACUGAAAGCUGCCAGCUUCUCCUACAGGACCAGGCCUCAAAGAGAUCGUUCCCCGAAGAUUCGAGAAGAGAAUAACGGUUCUAGUACGUCAGUUACGAACGGGGUCCCGGGGUCGUUUAGACUCAGAUCGGUUACGACUGCAUCGUUUUUCAAAAGUCGAAAUAGGGACAGGAGAAAAACGCAGGAGUUGAGGGAGAAUGGGGAUACUAUUACAACUCGUAUGUAAAAUGUAAAUAGGUAGUUAAAAUCUACAAAUUAUUUUUAGUAUUUAGUUAGGUAAUUUAUAUACGUAAAAUAAAUCUCUCUUAGGACAAAAAUCUAUUAAACUGGACUCCAAAAAUUAGCCUUUACUUGAAUUCUAUUUAGUAUGAAACGUAUUAUCCAUCGUGUCAUAGGUCAUUGUAACAUCUAAUAGGUACUAAAAGUAUAGUACAUAACUGAGGAGGCUCCUGCGGCGGUGGAGUGG